AUGGGGAGAGGCAAGAUAGAAGUGAAGAGGAUCGAAAAUAACACGAGCCGUCAAGUCACGUUUUCUAAACGACGAGCCGGCUUGAUCAAGAAAACCCACGAGCUUUCGGUUCUUUGCGAUGCGCAAAUCGGGCUCAUUGUCUUCUCCAGCAAGGGAAAGUUGACUGAGUAUUGUACCCCUACAUUAUGCAUGAAGCAGAUCAUAGACAGAUAUGUAAAAACUAAGGGAAUCCUCAUGCCCGAGCACGAAAACCGGUCUGGACCGGUUCCUUACAAUGACCAAUAUUACAAAGAGUUAACCCGAAUGAAAAACGAGACGCUUAGUCUUCAGCUGAGCCUUCAGAAGUACAAAGGCGACGAUUUGAGCAGCGUGCAUUUUGAGGAGCUUAACGAGCUCGAGCAACAGCUUGAACACUCGGUUCGUAAGGUUCGAGCUCGUAAGUUUCAGCUUCUUCAAGAACAGCUGGAAAAUCUGAAGAGGACGAUCAGUGACUAUGCAACAUCUAUUGGAAUUAUUUUCUAUGAUCAGUGA